CAGGUGACAGCGGAGAGGUCGCUCGCAUCCGCGUCAACAUCAGCAUUUUUCGAUUCUCUUCCAACCGCGAGAGGUGAAUUUCGUCUCGCUGGUGCUGCUGACAUUCGAAGGGUUUUUCCUGGCGUGUUCAGGUGGCGCCGCACACUUCGACCCAAACACAAUGCCGAAAUGACCCACAUUAGGCUAGCAUAAGAAAUCGGGUACUCCGCUUCGUGGAAGGAAACGUCGCCUGACCUGGCUGGUACGCGCGACCCAUUCACACAUUCCCCGUGCUGCGUGUGCCACUACCAUGUGAGUGAGUGUUUAGUUUUCCAGCUUGUGUGCCCAGCUCCCUAUUGUGUGCGCGCCCGUGUGUGUGUGUGUGUUUGUGUCCGUUUUCAUUCCGUUACGACGGGAAGCUGUAGAGAAUACAACACAACAACAACAAAAUGCGUAAAAUGCUGCAUAUCGUGCUAAUAAGAAAUGUAUCUUAAGUGUUUUACGACAACACGUGCUUAAUGGUGGCAAAUUUGGUGCGAAAUCAUUUACCCCAAGCAGUGAGUGAGUGUGGAAGUGCGUGUGAAACCGUUUGGUGGCAAGAAGGAAGAUUUUUUGUUUCUAUUAGAAUCAGUAUCGAAUCGUAACGAAAUCUGUGCAAUUCAGUUUGUGUGAUAUUAUUUGCUUUUUAAAAUCGCAUCCCCGCCGGUACUGGGGCAUUACAUACAAGCAUAAUUCCAUUUGCCAGCAAAAGUCUGUCUGGCCGUGAUAUGGUUUGGUGUCGGUGCUAGUGAAGGCGUCCUGGUUUCCCCGGGUUCAGUGCUGGGGAUUCUCCUGCAUUUUCUUCCUGCAUUUUUCCCAGAGGGACUGGCCGUCAAGCGCAAAUGUGAUUUGUUGUUCCGGGUACGCCGUGAAGACGCCUUCGUCGUCGUCGUCCUGCGAGCAUAGAUUGUGCCCGCUGCUUCAAACACACAUCUGGUUUCCGCCUGCCGGCCUCAGUACGGGAAGGGUGUGCGUGUUGGUCUUUGUGCGUUGAUCGUGUAUGAGUGUUGCUCGGUGUCGAAAAUCAUUGCUCGCUUGCAGUGCCGCGACCGAAGCGAAGCUGCUUGUGGCUACGGAAGUGCUAAAAAUAAAUUUCAACCGAAGGAAACAAAACGUCAACCAAACACACACGCACACGAAUUAAUUUUCCAUUCCUUCAAUAUCAUCACCCACGGCUCGUACUCGGGGAGGGUAUCUCGCGCACACGGAAAAUUAGACAACGUCUCCCAGCCUCCUCCACCGAUCGUAAAUUCCUCUCUCCCCGUCACGAGCGUGUUUAUGUGUUUGGUGAGUUAGUGUGUGAGUGUGUGUGUGAUUCUAUGUAAACACGAUGCAAUCAACGCUGGAGAGAAGGAAAAGAUGCAACCGCCAACGCUGCAUAUCCAUAAACAACCGGAACGAUCCGCCCGGCGACGGAGAGGCGCAUGGGGCGGCGGAAACUGGCGGCACCGGGCAGCAUGCGGUUAUCUUCCGGUCUCGGGCUUCGUGAGCUGCUCCUUUCGAGCUGUCUGGUCGUGCUGCUGCUAGCGCAGAAAUGUUACGGUGCAGAUCUCGUCAUAGAAAUCCCUGGCAAUCAGGGUUUGGAUGAUUCGUUUUACCGGCUCGACUACUACCCACCGAUCGGCAAUCCGGCACCGAACGCAACGAUCGCUUCGCGGGACGUCGGCGAUGAGAUACAGUUCUCGAACGGGCUGCCCGGCACGCGCUACAACUUCUGGCUGUACUACACCAACUCGACCCACAAGGACUGGCUGACCUGGACGGUCUCGAUCACGACAGCGCCGGACCCGCCCGCCAAUCUGACCGUCAUACCGCGCAGCGGCAAGAACGUCAUCAUCAACUGGAGUCCGCCGGCCCAGGGCAACUAUUCAUCGUUCAAGCUGAAGAUCCUCGGCCUGUCGGACAACUUUGCCACCAACCAGACGGUGGCGAUCGAAGACAAUCAGUUCCAGUACAUGGUGCGGGACCUGACGCCCGGCGCGACGUACCAGGUGCAGGCCUACACGCUCUACGAUGGCAAAGAGUCGGUGGCUUACACGAGCCGCAACUUCACCACAAAGCGCUAUCGGCACAAAGAUCUGCUGGACAUUAAGAUUCUGCGAGAACCUAACACACCGGGAAAGUUCAUCGUGUGGUUCCGCAAUGAAACGACGCUCUUGGUGCUAUGGCAGCCGCCCUAUCCAGCCGGCAUAUACACCCACUACAAGGUGUCGAUCGAACCGCCGGAUGCGCUCGGCAGUGUACUGUACGUGCAGAAGGAGGGUGAACCGCCCGGCCCGGCUCAGGCCGCGUUCAAAGGUCUCGCGGGCAGAGCCUACAACAUCUCGGUGCAGACCAUGUCGGAGGAUGAAAUAUCGCUUCCGACCACCGCCCAGUACCGCACCGUGCCGUUGCGUCCGAUGAACGUAACGUUCGACAAAACCAUCACGGAAAACUCGUUCAAAGUGAUGUGGGAAGCGCCGAAGGGCACGAGCGAGUUCGACAAAUAUCAGGUCUCGCUGUCAACGUCCCGGCGACAGCAGGCGGUACUGCGAAAUGACAACGAAAAUAUGGCCUGGCUCGAGUUCAAGGACAAUCUCGACCCGGGCAAAACGUACCAGGUCGUGGUGAAGACCGUCUCCGGCAAGGUAACGUCCUGGCCGGCGAGCGGCGACGUUACGCUGAAACCGCUCCCCGUCAAGCAGCUGCAAUCGUACACCGAUAGCAAAACUGGCGUCAUUACCAUCUCCUGGAAGCCGGACGAGCUGAGCACACAGGACGAGUAUCGCAUCAGCUAUCACGAGCUGGAAACGAAUAAUGGCGAUUCGAGCACGAUGAGCACCAAUCAAACCUCGUUUGCGCUGGAAUCGCUGCUUCCGGGGCGGAACUACUCCGUCACCGUGCAGGCACUGUCACGCAAGAUGGAAUCCAACGAAACGGUCAUCUUCGUCGUAACGCGACCCUCCUCGCCGAUUAUCGAAGAUCUCAAGUCGAUCCGCGAGGGGCUCAACAUUAGCUGGAAGAGUGACGUGAACUCAAAGCAGGACAAGUACGAGGUGACCUACACGCGCAACGAUACCAACGAUGGCAAGACAGUGCUGACCACGGAGAGUCGGCUGGUCUUUACGAAUCUCUACCCCGGCGCCGGCUACGAAGUGAAGGUAUUCGCCGUGAGCCAUGGAUUGCGCAGCGAGCCGCACUCGUACUUCCAGGCAGUCUAUCCAAACCCACCGAGAAACAUGACGAUUGAAAAGGUGACGAGCAACUCGGUGCUCGUGCACUGAAAACCGCCAGAGCGGUCCGAGUUCACCGAGUACUCCAUCCGGUAUCGCACGGAAAGUGAAAAGCAAUGGAUUCGGCUACCCUCGGUAAAGGCAACCGAAGCGGACGUUACCGAUAUGACGCCGGGUGAAAAGUACACUAUUCAGGUGAACACCGUCAGCUACGGCGUGGAAAGUCCCAAUCCGCAGCAGGUGAACCAAACGGUGCGGCCGAAUCCCGUCUCCAACAUUGCUCCGCUGGUGGACUCGAACAACAUUACGCUUGAGUUCCCAAGACCGGAGGGCCGCGUGGAAACGUACAUCAUUCACUGGUGGCCAACCGAGCAGCCGGAGCAGGUAUCGAUGAAAAAUUUCACAGAAGUUAAUACAAUACUACCGUAUCCCGGCACAUUGAGCGACGAUGAAAAGACGGUCGAAGAACCGCCGCUGGUACGAUUGCUUAUUGGAGAUCUUAUAUCCGGUGUGAUGUACAAUUUCAAAAUCCAAACCAUCUCGUACGGCUUGACAAGCGAUCUCACUAAGCUGCAAACGCGCACGAUGCCGUUGAUACAAUCCGAAGUGGUGAUCGUGAACAAUAUGCACACGCGGGACAUGGUUACGCUCAGCUACACGCCCACCCCACAGCAGUCGUCAAAGUUCGAUCUGUACCGCUUCUCGCUUGGCGAUCCUAGCAUUCCGGACAAGGAAAAGCUGGCGAACGAUACCGACCGGAAGGUAACAUUCACCGGUCUCACUCCUGGCCGACUGUACAACAUAACCGUGUGGACGGUGAGUGGAAAGGUAUCGAGCCAGCCGAUCCAGCGACAGGAUCGCAUGUUCCCCGACCCCAUCACCAUGCUCGAAGCGACCAGCAUCAACGAUACCUGGAUUGCGCUCAAGUGGGACAUUCCCAAGGGAGAAUACACCUCGUUCGAGGUGCAAUAUCUAAUGAACGAUUCGCACUAUGUGCAGAACUAUACUGUCAACAAUCAUAUCACCAUAACGGACCUGAAGCCUCACCGUAACUACACCAUUACGGUGGUGGUCCGUUCGGGAACGGAGUCGAGCGUGCUGCGCGUCAGCCUGCCUAUUUCGGCCAACUUCCAAACGAAGGAAGCGCUCCCGGGACGGAUGGACAAGUUCGCGCCGAUCGAUAUUCAGCCGAGCGAAAUAACGUUCGAAUGGUCACUGCCACCGAACGAACAGAAUGGCAUAAUCCGUCAGUUUACGAUCACCUACGGGUUGGAUGGUUCGCAGCACACCCAGGUGAAGGACUUCCGGCCGAAUGAGCUGCGCGGCUCGAUCAAGGCACUGCAGCCGGGCAAAUCGUACGUGUUCCGCAUCCAGGCAAAGACAGCCAUCGGCUACGGGCCGGAGCAUAUCUGGAAGCAGAAGAUGCCAAUUCUCGCCCCACCAAAGCCGGAAACGCAAGUCGUUCCAACGGAGGUGGGUAGCAGCGCUACGACUAUCGAAAUACGCUUCCGCAAACAUUACUUCAGCGAUCAGAAUGGAGUUGUGACUACGUACACUAUCAUAAUUGCCGAAGAUGAUUCGAAGAACGCGUCGGGCCUGGAGAUGCCCAGCUGGCGCGAUGUGCAAUCGUACAGCGUGUGGCCACCGUACCAAGUGAUCGAACCGUACUAUCCGUUCAAGAACAGCUCGGUAGAGGAUUUCACCAUUGGCACCGAGAACUGUGACGCAAAGAAAACGGGCUAUUGCAAUGGUCCGCUUAAAUCUGGCACUACGUACAAGGUGAAGGUUCGAGCAUUCACUGCACCGGACAAAUUCACCGACACGGCCUAUAGCUAUCCCAUCCGCACCGCUCUUCUAUCGGUGGAUGCCCAAGACAAUACAUCGCUCAUUGUGUCGAUUACCGUGCCAUUACUGAUCAUUGCAAUGCUUGUCGGUGUGGUACUGUUCCUGCGUCGACGACGACACACCGGCCGCAAAACCACCGAGCAACGAACUAACGACAAUAUGUCCCUUCCGGACAGUACCAUCGAAACUAGCCGUCCGGUAUUGGUGAAAAAUUUUGCCGAACACUAUCGUAUGAUGUCCGCCGAUUCUGAUUUUAGAUUUAGCGAGGAGUUCGAAGAGCUGAAACAUAUCGGGCGAGAUCAACCAUGCACAUUUGCGGAUCUGCCGUGCAAUAGGCCUAAGAAUCGGUUUACAAACAUUUUACCAUAUGACCAUUCCCGAUUUAAACUUCAACCCGUGGACGAUGAGGAAGGUUCGGACUACAUUAAUGCUAACUACGUCCCGGGCCACAACUCGCCGAGAGAAUUUAUUGUGACGCAAGGUCCACUGCACUCGACGCGGGACGAUUUCUGGCGAAUGUGCUGGGAAAGCAAUUCGCGUGCGAUUGUGAUGCUAACGCGGACCUUUGAGAAGGGUCGCGAAAAGUGCGAUCACUACUGGCCGCACGAUACCGUACCAGUAUAUUACGGUGACAUUAAAGUGACACUACUUAACGAUAGCCAUUAUCCCGACUGGGUCAUCACAGAGUUUAUGAUGACGAGGGGCGAGCAACAGCGCAUAAUACGUCAUUUCCACUUCACGACGUGGCCCGACUUUGGUGUGCCAAAUCCUCCUCAAACGCUUGCACGGUUCGUGCGAGCCUUCCGCGAGCGCGUCGGACCUGAUCAGCGGCCGAUCGUAGUGCACUGUAGUGCCGGUGUCGGGCGGUCCGGCACCUUCAUCACGCUGGACAGAAUAUUGCAGCAAAUCCAGGUGUCAGACUAUGUUGACAUCUUUGGCAUCGUCUGGGCAAUGCGAAAAGAACGUGUCUGGAUGGUACAAACGGAGCAGCAAUAUAUCUGCAUUCACCAGUGUUUGCUGGUCGUGCUGGAGGGUAAGGAAGGCACUGAGCGUGAGAUUCACGACAAUCAAGGCUACGAAGAGCCUCGAGAUGAUGAUCAGCAGUCGGAAGAGCAAUUGCUCAUUGAAAAUCGUUCCGAUGAUGAGCUGGACGAGGUGGCGGCCAGAGAGCAGCAUCAACAGAACGGUACUGCCGGCGCAAUCGAAAACCAUGAAUUGGAUCGCCGAAGAAGCGCAACUGUUGAGAUCGUCGACAAUGAGCUGGUCAUGAUGCAGCAGGCCAACUUCACUGCCGGCGAAACGACAGAAGAAGAGCUGCUCGAUGAGGAAGAGGAAGUGGAGGUGACGGUUGAUGGGCUCAUGAUUGUGUCCAGAAAACAGUCCCAUGUAAGCUCCUCCACACCGGCGAUGGGUGGUGAUGGUCAGCAGCAGGAGCAGCACCAACACUCCAAUAGCAACUCUGCCAGCAACAAUGAGCGUGACCAACCUUCAUCUGGGCAGGACGAGCGUUCUAUUAGUAGCAAUGGAACGAACAGCAAUAACAGUGCCAACAGUGGCUACGAAUCGAGCCCUCACAAACGCCGCUCAUUGGCAGCCACGAGCCAGGAACGGGUGCAUGAUCGGCGAUCGCUCAGUUUCUCCACCGGAGGUGCAGAGAUCGUAAGCAAAGCGGACCCAUCGAGCGGAGAUCAUCAACAGCAGCAUCAACAACAACAGCAGCAGGUGCAGCAAACCUACCAAGUAGGAGGACCGCUGCAGCAGCAACAGCAGCAGCAGCAUCAAGCCGUCCUUCCGCCAGGGCAGCACCAUUCUCAUCAGCCCACGGUCGGUGGUGGGAAGCUGUGGAAGGAGGAAAGAUGACAGUUAGAGAACGAUAGCGAC